GCAUUGAUAAUAUUUAGUGAUUCUACAAGUUGUGACAUAUGUAAUAGUUGCUUCCCCUUGUGACAAGUUUGUUCUCCAUUCUCCAGUUGAAGUCGAGGUUUGUCCACCUCACAUUCCUUAUCUUCUCAACAUCAUCCUCUACUUUCCGAUGACAACUUAAUUUCCGAACCCCAAAACAAAGACAAUAUGAACACUUUAAUCCCUUCUUCAAACCAUUACCUUUGUGGGGUCCACUACCCUUUCUUCUCUUCAGUUCUUACCAACAACAACACCAACCUUCCAAUUAGGCGCUCUCCUUUUCCCAUUCCGUGUGCCACUUCAAAUGAAGAGUUUUCAGAAGAGAUCAAAGUAGUUCAACCCAAUUCUAGCGAGGAAAACACUUCCACUACUUUUUCUACUCCAAUCGACAAAGAGCUUAAAAGGGUUGCUCAGAAGACUGCUGCAACAUUUGCACCCAGGGCUUCAACAGCUUCAAAAAACCCAGCAAUACCUGGAAGUACCCUGUACACUGUUUUUGAGGUUCAAGCUUAUGUAUCCAUGUUGUUGGGUGGAGCUUUGUCUUUUAAUCUCAUUUUCCCUUCAGACCAACCUGAUAUUUGGAGAUUGAUGGGAAUGUGGUCCAUUUGGAUGUUCACAAUUCCUUCAUUGCGAGCCCGAGAUUGCUCAAAAAAUGAGAAAGAAGCUCUCAACUAUCUUUUUCUACUGGUCCCAUUGCUCAAUGUUGCAAUCCCAUUCUUCUGGAAAUCCUUCGCUGUUGUUUGGUCGGCAGAUAUAAUAGCUUUCUUUGGAAUGUAUGCAUGGAAGCUUGGAUGGCUCAAGAAAACGGACUAGUUGGCCUGACUUGGUGGUUAGCUGGUUUCAAGGCUAGUUGCUUCUUGACUUUCUCAUGGAUCUCAAUUAUAUAAUAUGACAAAGCAAAUGAGAUGCAACAUUUCUUCAAAAGCAUUUCGUAGAUCACAGUCUUCAACACCGGGAAGAAAUAAUUCGGCAUGGAAAUUCCAGGUGCUUUUGAAUCUAUUAAGGGAGCUAGACGUCUUCUGUGCAUUUACUUAAUACCAAAUCAAGGAAAUGCUUAUACAUUCUUUAAAAGUUUUGCAUUUUAUCAUGCAUAGCGUUGCAGAAAAAUUGAAAUUAAUGAGUUUGAUCAACAACCUCCCAUAGAUGAAAUGUAAUUUAGUCAUGGUUUAUAGUACAUAUGAUCUGUAUUAAUGUGGUGAAUCAAAAUUGAGAAGACAAUUUUAUCCUAUUGUUUGUGGUGAAUGAAUAGUAAGAGUAAAAAAAUAUCUUGUGUUUAA